GAGUUUUUAUAAUGCCUUAGGUGGUAGUCCUGACGUUAAACAUACGAUUUACGAUGCGCAAUAAGUGUAAGAUUGACUGGUUUAGGCAGAACUAUUGUAUAAUUUUUAGUUUUGCAUGAAACAGUUAAAUGAAAUUCUGUAAAAAUAUCUUCAGAACAUAAAAUAUGUCUAUCUAAUUAACCUUCUGAAUAAUAUUUAUUUUUAUACAUGCAAAUAUUUGAAUGUGUGUAGGAUAUUUCUGUGGGAAUCCCCAUAUUCUCUGGAAUUCAUAUUUUUAUUAAUUGUAAAGCAGAUAACGAGUAUUUUAUUCGCAGAAACAAAUUUGUUAAAUAAUUUUAGGUCAUGAAGCAAUGAUUUUACAGUAAAUAAAUUAGAGCCGAACCUCCUAAUAUAAAUUGUGAAAGAUCAGAAGAUAAAAUUGUUAAAGAAGAAAUGGAUGUAGAAGAAUUACUUUCAAGUGAAUCAUGUUCUGAUUCACUUUCAAACAAUUUCAGUGCACAUACUGAUGAUGAUGACGAUGAUAUUAUAUGUAAUUAUCUAAAUGCUCAACAAGCAUCCAUUAAAAAGUCCGUUUCACCCUUAUCAGCAGAUCUAGUUGCUGUAAUAGACACUUAUGAUGAUACACCUGUAUCCAUUACUUUUGAUUCAACACAAGAUGAAUCUGACAUAAUAAUUUUAGAAGAAAAUAAUAGCAAUUCAGGCAUCAACUUAAAUUCUACCCAAAGUUUUCAAAGGCAGUUAAAGUUAACUGCAGUACCACAAAAUAAUACCCAUGAAACAGACUUUGUAGGAUGCUUAAGGAGUUUAACGCCAAAUGGCAGUAAUAAUUUACAAGAUAGUGCUUCUAAUGAUUUUGAUAAAAAGAUAAGAGAAGAAGUUCUACAGAUAUGUAAUCUUUUACCUACAUUUAACUAUGAGUCAGUAUAUAAAGUUCUGCAUAAGAAUCGCAACGCAAAGAAUCGUAUAGAGCUCAGUUUAUGGGAUUUAUUACCAAAUAAAAGACCAAGAGUAAAACAUUUUGAAGAUUUAUCAACACAGGCAAAACGUCUUAAACAGAGUGAUACACGGAUCAAUAACAUGGCGCAACCUGUAUCAAAUGGUACAUUAAAUUCACAGACUGCAUGCAGUAGUAACGGUAGCAGAAACAGGGAAACUGUAUUCCAAGCAAAUUGUGAAAACAGAGUGCCAGAAUAUUCAGUAGAAGAUGGUAAAGUUUCUUCCACCACUGGGGGUGGAAUAUUACGUCCAGCAAAAUUAGUAAUUAAUGAUAAAUGGUCAUGUUUAGAUGAUAUUGCGUCACGCAACUCGUUUAUUAUGGCUCCGUCAAAAUUGACAAGUGUACCUGCAAAACGAUUAAUGAGUGGAAAAGCUACAAAAUCAUCUGCCUCUGUAGAAAAACACGAAAACAAUAAAUUAACAAAUCAGAAUGUCUUUGUAUUUAAUUCAAUAAAAAAUAAAUAUUCAAGGCAAAUUUUCCAUAAAUAUAUGGAAUAUUUCAAACAUAUGGAAAAUAUUAAAAAGCAGAAAUUAACUGGUGAAUGCAAUAAUUUUGAUUUUGAAAAACGCAAUAUAACACGAGAUAUAUUUUUAAAAACAGAUUGGUUAACUAAUAUUGACACACAGGAAACAUCAAAUAAUGUUGCUAAACCUUCAACUUCUGGUGUCAAUUUUUCUGUAUCUGAAGAAAAGCCAGUAUGUGGAGGUACUAGUAAAAUGAAGAAUAAAAGAAAAGAAAAUUUGAUAAGGAACAAACCUGUUGUAACGAAUAUUGCUUUGCCCUUCAAAUUUCUGCAAAUGAAUGAAAGAUUAGUAUUUAUGUUUCCUCAGGCAGAUAAGAUUUCCAUUAGACAAAUAUGUAAAAAUCUUUCAAAGUUAGAAAAUAUUGUAUCAAUGGAAAGGCUGCAAACAUUAGCAGAACAUACACUAGUUGCUCUUAUAAACUUUGCUAAUUUGUUUGUUAAUAUAAAAGCUUGCACUACAUCAGCUGAUACACCAGUGACAGCAAUAACUGAUUCCAAUACUUCAUUGCAUCAAGUUGUACCAACUAAUACAACAACACCAAAACAACAGUCAUUAACCUUUGAUCUCUGCAGACCUUCAACUUCUACUGCAGUUUAUUCUGCACCUGAAACAAACGAAGUGAUUGGAGGGGCAAGGAGAAAGCAAAUUAUUAAAAAAAAAGAAGAUUCUAAAAGUGAUAAAGAUGUACCAACUAAUACAAAAAUAUUAACACAACAGUCACUAUGGAAAACCAGGUGGUUGAAAACGGUUGAAAUGGUUGAAAGGGAAAAGAGAAAGCAAGCUAUUGAAAAAGAAGAUUCUAAAAGUAACAAAAAUGUACCAACUAAUACAACAACACUAAGGCAACAGUCAUUAAUUAACAAAUUUGACCUCAGACCUUCAACUUCUAUUGCAGUUUAUUCUGCAACAAACAAAGUGAUUGGGGGGGCAAGGAAAAAGCAAAUUAUUGAAAAAGAAGGUUCUGAAAGUAACAAAAAUGCUAAAAAGAAGAAUAUCGUUUUGCCUUUAAAAUUUGAAGAAAUGUACGAAACAUUAGUAUUAAUGUUUCCCCAGAUGGAUAAGGAUUUUAUUAGGCAAACAUGUAAAAAUGUUUCAAAGGUGGAAGGUGUUUGUUCGUUUGAACAGUUACAAACUCUAGCUGAACAUACGCUACAAAAUAAAGAGAUACAAUCAGCUGAGAUAGAUGUCAGAUCAUUGUGUCCGGAAAAGGACGAAAAUAAUCAGUAUAUUUACUUGUUAGGUAUCUUUCCUGAUGCAGAUCCUACAUAUUUGAAAAAAGUUGUUGCGCGAACACAAGAUAAUCCUUCUGAAAUAAUUAAUUUUAUACAAUCUCAAUGGGAGAAGCCUACUUACCCCACAAAAGAGGAGAAAUUGCGGAAGAAAACAAUAACACAGCAACAGAUACAAUAUACUAGUAAAUUUGACGUGAAACAGUUUUUAGAAAUAUUUCCAGAUCCUCUUUCACAUUUUACAAAUCCAAAGAGAACUUGUAAGUCUAGUUCUGAUGCAGUUGAAUUUCUUAAGUCUCAUUUCACUCACUUUGAGGAAUCAUAUUUGAAGGAUGUGUACAAAUGGAGCAAUUACAAUUUAACUUUAACUGUGCAAAAAUUGGAAAAUACGACACCUUAUAUCAAAUUGACUCGAAAUAUACGCUCAUUGGAUAAAUGUCUAACCUUGGAUAUUCCCUUAUUACAGGAAUUUGCAUUUAUAACACAUAGACAAGAAAUUGUAGAGCAUUUAGAUAUAUUAAAGGAAACGGAAAUGUUAAAAUUCGCGGAAUUAAAGGCAAAAAAUGAACUGUUGGAAUGCCAGUGUUGUUACGAUAACGAAUGUAUGCCUUCUAAAUGUUCCACUUGUGAUGAUGGACAUAUAUUUUGUAAUUCGUGUAUUUUAAAAGGCACUGAAUCACAGUUGUCACAAGGAGAGACGCGCAUUUCAUGUUUUUCAAACUGUGACGGAGAAUUUACCAUUCCUACGCUCCAGAAGAUAUUACCUCCAACACAGUUCAGUAUUUUUAUCCGCAAGAAACAAGAAGCAGAAGUAAUGGCUGCUAAAGUAGAAGGUUUAGUUUCUUGUCCAUUUUGUCAUUUUGCAUCUGUACCACCUCCGGAGGAUAAAGUCUUUAAAUGUCUUAAUCCUGAAUGCAUGAAAGAAUCGUGCCGAUUGUGUAAACAGCCGAAUCACAUACCUCUCAGAUGUUAUGAAGAAAAAUCUGACCAAGCACGCUUAUUUUUGGAAGAAAAAAUGACGGAAGCGCUUGUACGUAAAUGUUAUAAAUGCAGUCGACCGUACUUCAAAGAUGAUGGAUGCAAUAAAAUUACUUGCAGCUGUGGAGCUAUGAUGUGUUAUAUUUGUGAUAUACCAAUAUACAGUUAUGAUCAUUUCGGCACUGGUAGAUGUCCACAAUGGAGCGAUAAUCUUAUCAUAAAUAAUGAAACAGUUAGAGCAGUUGCUGAAAAAACUGUAGAACUUAUAAAAAAGAAAGAUCCCAAUGUCACUGUAAAUGCAGAUGAUCUUUUAAAGUAUCUUCCAUCAACAUCAAAUGGCGCUAUCAGGGGACGAGUAGAGAAAAUAGUAACAUUUGAUAAAUAAAGUUUCUCUUUAAAUUAUUUGUUAAUUCGUUUUUAUGAACAAAGCAAAGGAAAACAUACAAAAACAGUGCAUGUAAGUCUAUGCUGAAACAUGAGAGUUUGGCAUUAAUUUUUAGUUUGAGUUUCAGUUAUAAUAUUAUCAUUAACGUUGAUUUUUUUGUUUGGAAUUAUAAUGAAGUUCAGAUUGUUUAUUAAAGUAUCAUACCUACAAGUGAUAAAAUAUCUAAAUGUAUGCUUGUACAGAAUCAAGUAGGUUUCUCUAGGGAAAAUGAUGAUAUAGAGAAAGCAGAAGUUCUCAAAAUUUUUCGUAGAAAAUCCUAUCAUGCUUGAUUCUGAGAUAAUAUUUUAACAAAUAAUUCAACGAUAAAUCAUUACAGUGAUAAUUGAUAAAAAAAAAAAA